UGUGAUUGGUCGCGGUGGGCGUGACGCAUUAGAGGCCGCGAGGCUGUUGCUGAGGGGUGCCCGUGCGCGGCGGUCUCAGCGCGCCCCGCGGGGGGAAGGAGGAAAGAUGCUGCGGCCGCUGCCCAGGCGCCUCGGGAGGUUACUGAGCCGAACCAUGAGCCACUGCGAGACCGAGUCGCGCGCCGCCGGGAGGCGGGUCCUGGUGGCAGGGCUAGGAAAUUAUGGGCUGCAAGGAACCCGUCAUAACGUGGGCAUGGCAGUGCUCAAUCAGCUGGCCCAGAAGUUGAACAUUGCCAACCAAUGGAAAGCAGAUCGACGUUGCCGUGCAGAUGUGACCAUCACCAACGUGGAGGAAGCCAAGCUGGUGCUGAUGAAACCUCGGCAGCUCAUGAACAUCAAUGGACUCAGUGUAGCAAGUGCUGCUGAAAUUUACAAGUUCAGGGUAGAAGACAUUUACCUGGUUCAUGACGACCUGGACAAGCCACUGGGGAAGAUGGCAAUAAAACUGGGAGGCAGCGCAAGGUACAAAAGGAAAGCUCCUGUGGAAAAUGACUCUGGAAGAUUUGUGGGGCAUAAUGGCGUCCGUUCCUGCAUCAGCUCCCUGCACUCAGAUUGCAUGGUGCGGCUCAGGGUUGGCAUCGGCCGGCCGGUGGACGAAGCCAUGGUGGAUCGUUACGUGCUGGACAGGUUCACUGGUGCCGAGCAGGAGGUCGUGCAGCACGUCCUGGAGAAGGCAGCUGACCUGCUGCUGGAACACAUCCUGCAUAGGAACAGCAGCAAGGCCACCCCAGCUGUGCGCAUGAGGCAGGACUGCCCACCCCCUGGCAGCAAGGGAGACAGUGCUGGCAAAGGCAGCCCUGCAGAGGGCCUGGCUCCACAUGGCCGAGGGCCAGCACCUGGCCCUGCAGCAUGGAUAAGCAUGAGAAAUACUCCCAGCUCCGGCGAGACUCCACCCCUGAGCCCAGCUGGAGGCUGGUAGAGUUCAGGGGUGCUAGCCUGGGACUACUCUGCCCCAACAGCACUUUGUCCCUCUCGCUGCAAAACAGGUCUGGGCCUUGGUGGUCUUGCCUGGCCUCAGCUUGGCUUUGUCUGUCCUUGGUUUCCAGCCAGACAGCUCAGUCACUCCAGAGGUUUUAUAGGGCAGCUUUGUAAAAUAAACCCAGGUGCCAACCUGUGACUUUGCCAUCUAUGCUCAGUCCCUCUCCUUUGCACGGGUGUCCUGGGGGAUCAGCUAG